ACUCGAGUCAGUCAAGUGCCAGUUGUCGAACGAUUCCAACGAUUCCGGGAUUCGCAUCCGCAGCUGUCAGAGCUCGGAAAUCGCAAUAGAAGUCAACGCCAUGAAUCCGCCGCACGGACUGUCAAAAUCCGUACUCUUCACGGUGCUCGGCGUCGUCUUAAUGUCAGCAGCUUUCUCGCAUGCGCUCGAUUGCUAUGUGUGCACCUAUUUGGAUGGCUACAGUGAUAACUCCUGCCUGAAGAACGCCAGUGCCGUUACCGUGCUCAACUGCACCAAGAAGUACUGCGUGACAAUGCGCGUGGAAAUGCGGCGCAACUCGAGCAAGGUGAUGUCCUUUCAGCGCGACUGCCAGGACAAACCGCUGAUGCAGUAUGGCAAUAAGCCAGAUGAAACGUUUCGCACUUACUUCACAUCCUGCCAACAGGACCGCUGCAAUGGACACGAUGGUCGGAUUAGGAACUCGACAAAUGGCAGUUGGGGCAGCGCCAUACACAAUGCUAUUAUUCCAGGAAAAGGUUCUGGUCAGGUCGUGGCUCUUAGUCCUUGUUUACCUUUACUUUUGACUAUCAUGGCACUUUGCCAGUUUCCAUAAAGCUUUCGCUUUUAAUACCCCACCAAAAUGUGUUUCUAAAUA